GGCGGGAGCGCGCGCCGCGUGGCUCGCAGCUGCAGCAGGAGUGUAGGAUGUGGCCGGUCCCGCGCGCGGGGCUAGCCCUGCUGCUGGAAGUGGGGGUGCGCGCGUUGCUGCUGGGUCUCUUCUUGUUCACUCAAGUGUUGCCACCUUUCCAGCGAGUCAUCCAACCUGAAGAAAUGUGGCUCUACAAAAAUCCCUACAUAGAGUCUGACCAUGUGCUCACCAGGUCUAUAUUUUUCAUUUCCUUUGUGUCUCCUUUGGUCUUAAUUUUCCUGGCCAAAUUCUUCAUGAAAGCUGGCAAAGAAGAUACCCGGGAAGCAUGCUUGGCUAUUAGCUUGGCACUUGCCCUGAAUGGUAUCUUCACCAAUGUUGUAAAGCUGGCCGUGGGCAGGCCUCGGCCCGAUUUCUUCUACCGCUGCUUUCCAGAUGGACGGGCAACUGAUCAGUUCUUGUGCACAGGAGAUGCACAAGUAGUGAUUGAAGGGCGCAAGAGCUUCCCUAGUGGAUAUUCCUCGUUUGUCUUUGCUGGGUUUGCUUUUGGCUCCUUCUACAUUGCAGGGAAGCUGCAUUGCUUUGCACCUGGUGGUCGGGGCCAAUCCUGGCACCUCUGCGCCUUCUGGGGACCCCUCUUCAUUGCCAUGCUCAUUGCCUUGUCCCAUAUGUGUGAUUACAAACAUCACUGGCAAGAUGUGCUGGUUGGCUCUGGAAUGGGUUUCACCUUUGCCUAUCUCUGCUACAGACAGUAUUACCCUCCACUGACGGACCCCAAAUGCCAUCAGCCUCUGCAGCAUGUAUCCAGGCUAUCUUCUCCAGAGAGGCAAAAGCUGACACUUUCUGGUUUCAACCUAGAUGUAUGAAGGACUCAGGGGCUUCCUUUCUGUAUUUGCAGACUCGAGGGGGGGAAAGAGAGCUUAAUCAUCCAUGUUCUGCUUUGCUCAAUGGCCAGGAGGUGGUAGGGGGAGAAGCAUCGUUGUCCAAAGUAUACCAGCCUGAUUGAAACUCAGGGCCUCUACUUCUUCCCCUUCAUCACGCAUAUGUGGCUGAGAGAGUGAAUAUUUUCCAGGACAGCAAAAUUGCAGAGUUUGGGAAGAUUUAUUUUUUUGUGGCCAACUCAUUCCUGGCAAUAUUGAACCAUUCCUCAUCUGAUCACAACAGAGCAACAAAAGGAGUCUCUAGUCCAUUCCCUCAUUGCUCUUGAGUUUAAAUGCCUAUAAAUAGAUGUCA